GGCCUGGGCUCGGCGCAGAGCGGCCCUCCGCGGCGCUCCGAGUGCGUGCCCGACGCCCCCGAGGCCCAGCCGCCGUCGGCGGGGACCGAGCCGCCCGCGGCCUUCGGCGCCAUGUCGGAGAGCGGGGCUCCCGGGCUGCAGGAGGAGAACCUGCAGGGCUCCUGGGUAGAAUUGCACUUCAGCAAUAAUGGGAACGGGAGCAGCGUUCCAGCCUCAGUUUCUAUUUAUAAUGGUGACAUGGAAAAAAUACUUCUGGACGCCCAGCAUGAAUCUGGACGGAGUAGCUCCAAGAGUUCUCACUGUGACAGCCCACCUCGCUCACAGACACCGCAGGACACCACCAGGGUUUCUGAAGCGGACACACACAGCAUUGGGGAAAAAAAUAGCUCUCAGUCCGAGGAAGAUUAUAUUGAGAGAAGGAGAGAAGUUGAAAGCAUCUUGAAGAAAAACUCAGACUGGAUAUGGGAUUGGUCGAGCCGGCCUGAAAAUAUCCCCCCGAAGGAGUUCCUGUUCAAGCACCCGAAGCGCACCGCGACGCUCAGCAUGAGGAACACGAGUGUCAUGAAGAAAGGGGGCAUCUUCUCCGCCGAGUUCCUCAAGGUUUUCCUUCCCUCUCUGCUGCUCUCUCAUCUGCUGGCCAUUGGACUGGGGGUCUACAUCGGAAGGCGCCUGACCCCCUCCACCAGCACCUUCUGACGGCGCCCGGCGGCACGCAGCGAGGACGGCGUGGGAGCCCGCGGAGCCCGCGCAGCCCGCGCAGCCCGAGAGCCGUCGCCGUCCAGGGGGCUGCGCCACUUGUGUUUCUCCGUUCUGUAAAUGCGGCUUUCCUCUGUAGUAGACGAGAGUAGACACUGAAGUCACGCUGACCUGUCAUUACACCAGGGAUCACGAGUAGCAUGGCAGAUGAGACCUGCUGUACGCUUGGGUAGUAAGUUUCCUUUGGGUAUUAGAUAUAAAUAGUAUAAAUAACGUUAAUGAACUAGUUAUGAUGUAUGUACUAUUUAAAAAUUAACUAACUUUAAUGGAGCUAAUACACUUUAUAUUUCAAAGGAAUACUGUGGAUAGUCAAUUCACUGCAGUAAGAAGUUUACCUAAAGGGAAUAUUGUGGCCUUAUGAUUACACUGUUGUAGAAAAUGUGAUGUAUUUAAUUGAAGUGAAAGCCGGUUGUCUAUAAAGAAUACUUGACCAUGUGAA